UUCUUCCUCCUCCUCCUGAAUAAAAUCCCACUCUCUCUCUCUCUCUCUCUCUCUCCAUUCCGUGCUGAGGAGGGUUUAACUAUAACCAGAGAGAGAGAGAGAAAUCAGUAAUAAUCAAAGCCAUCUUGAAUAUCAGUUUCUUAAUUUUUCAUCCUCCUUCUUCUUGUUGGAAUUAUAUACAAAGAAAAAACAGAGAAAGAGAGAGUGAAUAGUCGAUCGUCAUCAUCAUAAACCAUUUGGUGGUUGAUUUGUUCAAAUUUUGAGGUUUCUACUAGAUUAGACCACCAUGGCGACUCAUCCUCCUCCUUCUCCUCUUCCUCUGCCUCCUGGUCGUGUUGCUGCCGGUGGUGGUGGUGGCGGCAAAGUCAGAUUAGUUCGAUGUCCCAAAUGUCGUGGCCUUCUUCCCGAGUUACCCAAUGUUCCUUUGUACAAAUGCGGUGGAUGUGGUGCAACACUACGAGCUAAAAUUCGAAAUGAACCACCAGCAGCUUCAAUUCCUGAUCACACCAAUGAAUUGGAGAAUUCUUCUUCUUCACCUUCUCAAGCUACCAAAUUGACUUCUACAAAUGCGAAUUCAUGCCUCACAAGUCCAAUUAGCGAGUCUUGUUCUGAUAAGGAGGAGGAGGAAACCAAUAAGCAGAACACUUCACCAAAUGGCCAACUUGAUUGUCGAGGCAGGAAACAAGUGUCCGAUGCUGAAGAAGAAGUUGGCAACAAUAAUGAUGGAUGCUCGAGUCCUGAUGUUCAAUUUGGCGUCACACAAAGAUACAGUGCAAACUCUACUACUCAUUAUCCAGCAGGUGACAGCGUCCUGUUAUCUCCUGAUAUCCUGUUUGGUGACUCCGAUCGGCCAAGUUCGCAGACUGAUAGUUGUGAACAACUCGAGAAAUCCCAGGAGAUCGUUUGCCGUGACUCUGACCAUCCCAGUUCAAGAGAUGAAAUGGAGACUAAUACACAAGUGGUAAUUACGGAUGAGGAGAGGUCGUCCCAAGAGGAGGAAAUGCAUAUACCCAGCAGCACAGAAUUAUCUAACAAUCACGAAAACGAUAUGCCUGAGUUGGAGGAGGAAGAAAAACUAGGUGCUAAAAGCUUCCACGCCUACGACGGAAGUGUCUCUUCUUACGAAGGAUGGGAUGAUCAACUCCACCAUCAGCAGCAUAUCCGAAAAUAUACUUACGAAUUUGAUGAUUCUAGUGGCGAACAAAUAAGAAGGGAUGUCCCAUUGAAUGACAAGGUGAAUCCCAGAGUACCACUGCCACUUCGUUCCAGGAAGUUUCAGACCAUGUCACUGAAUGAUAAUCAAGUCAAAACUAGGAUGGAAAACAACGUUAGUUUGAAUGAAGAACCACCAGCUGAUAUUACAAAUGGCACCAAUGCAGAGGAGAAGCUCCUCAAUUCAGAGAGCUUUCAUACAGCUCAAACCUCGACGCAAUCCCAACGGAUGUCAGACAAGGACUUCUACAGAAAGGUUCCUCCUGCUGCUUUCGAAAACGGUGGCCCGUCGACAAGUAUGUAUGAUUCAGAUUCACAUCCAGUGGAGAAGGGCGCAUCGGUCGUCGAGCACAACCAAGACGAACUGUUGAGGAAGGUGGACGAAUUGAGAGAGCGACUUUGUAAAUCCUAUGCUCUGAAACUGGAGACCAGAAAUGAGAAAUUUUUGAAAGGAGGAGCUCAUCAACAGGAACAUGAGGGGCCAAUGUACAGUAAUCAUGCACAACAAAGGCAGAAAGAUCCGAGUUGUUAUCGCAGAAACUACCCCUGGCACUUUUCUGGAGCAUGCCCACCAAGCAAUUCUGUGCCGUUUCAAGGUCGGGACUCCACACAAAUCGCAAUGGCCUCAGAUUGUAGAUGCCAUGUUGGUUACACGAGCUUGCAAUGCUGCCCUGAACAAUUCCAGUACUCCCUGCAGAGACCACCAGUAGCCAAAGGCUGUUACAGUGAGCAGCUAUGCCAGAUUCAUCCUGGUUAUAUGUGCUACCAUCCUUGUGGUUCCGGUCCUGUCAACAACUCCAAUUUUGCUCCCAGGAUUUGCAAUUCGCAACCACUUCCGCACGCCCAGAGGCAGCAUAUGGAUCACAAGGUGGAGAAGCAGAAUCUGUAUCCACAUCGCGAUAGACGAAAUCAUAUCAAGAGACAUUGUCUUCCUGUAGCAGGGGGGGCUCCUAUUAUAGUUUGUUAUAGCUGCAAGAUACUGCUCCAGCUACCUGCAGAUUUUAUCCUUUCGAGUAACAGGUGCACUAAAUUGCGUUGUAGUUCUUGCUCCGAGACACUUAUCUUUCAGCUUCAGAGCGGGAGAAGUGUUCCAUUUCGGCCAAAUCCACCAACAGUUCCUCCACCCAGUGAAGUCAAUUCAACCAGCAGGAGAAGUUCGGAUUUUUCCGUCUCUAAAGAGAAUAAUCGUAACAGAGAUGAGAGUUCAGUACUGGAUGAAACUUCUCGCGCAAACAGUCGACCUAUAUUGCUGGAGAAAAGGCUACAUGGAGAAGAAGUGCAACGUACUUCAGGUUCGCCGCUUCAUAGUCUUAUGGGUUAUCCUUCCCCAAGAAGACUUUUGAUAAAAAGGUCGUCAGACAUAGAUCAAGAAAGGUGAACAGAAGCAGAAUGUUGAGUCCAUUGUUUUUACUUGUUUGUUGUACGGAAAAUAGAAUUAGAGUUCUUGUGAAUUUGUAUAAAUUGUAAUCAGUAGUAGUUCGUUUUUGGCAAUGUUGGUUGAAUAGUAAAAAAUUGAAAAACAGAAAAUGAAGCAGCAAAAUAGGUCAACAAGCAA